AUGGCGGAGCAGCAGCAGUUCUACCUCUUACUGAGCAACCUGAUGAACCCUGACAACACCGUCAGGAAGCAAUCCGAGGAAACGUAUGACACCAUCCCCGGUCAGACGAAGAUCACAUUUUUACUGCAGGCCAUCCGCGAUGUAUCCGCUGCAGAGGAGGUUAAGCAGAUGGCAGCUGUGCUGCUGCGGCGCCUGCUGUCCUCGUCUUUCGAGGAGGUCUAUCCCAGCCUGGCCAUCGACAUGCAGACGGCCAUCAAGACAGAGCUGCUCGCUGGAAUCCAGUCCGAAGGCUCCUCCAACAUCCGCAAGAAGGUCUGCGAUAUUGCUGCGGAGCUCGCUCGCAAUCUAAUUGAUGAUGACGGAAACAAUCAGUGGCCAGAGAUCCUCAAGUUCCUGUUCGAUUCGGUCAACUCUCAGGACGUCAACCUCCGAGAAGCAGCACUGCACAUUUUCUGGAACUUCCCAGGUAUCUUUGGCAAUCAGCAGCAGCAUUAUCUGGAAGUGAUCAAGCGUAUGUUGGUUCAGUGUAUGCAGGAUCAGGAAAACCCACAGAUUCGAACCCUGGCUGCACGUGCAGCUUCAUCCUUCAUCCUGACCAAUGAGCGCAACACAGCCUUACUGAAACACAUUUCAGAUCUUCUUCCUGGCAUCCUACAGGCGGUGAAUGAAUCCUGUUACUGUGGUGACGACUCUGUGCUGAAGUCAUUGGUGGAGGUUGCAGACACGGCCCCCAAAUACUUAAGACCAAACCUGGAAGCCACUCUCCAACUGAGCCUGAAGUUGUGCGCAGACACCAACCUUACGAACAUGCAGCGGCAGCUGGCUCUGGAAGUCAUCGCCACACUGUCUGAAACUGCUGCUGCCAUGCUGAGGAAACACACCAACAUUGUUGCUCAGAGUGUACCUCAGAUGUUGAGUAUGAUGGUGGAUCUGGAGGAGGAUGAGGAGUGGGCCAUGUCUGAUGAACUAGAAGAUGAUGAUUUUGAUAGUAAUGCUGUUGCUGGUGAAAGCGCUCUGGAUAGGAUUGCAUGUGGCCUCGGAGGAAAGAUUGUCCUUCCCAUGAUCAAACAGCACAUCAUGCAGAUGUUGCAGAACCCUGAUUGGAAGUACAGGCACGCUGGUCUGAUGGCGCUCUCUGCUAUUGGCGAGGGCUGUCAUCAACAGAUGGAGGCCAUUCUGAGUGAGAUCGUCAGCUUCGUUUUGCUCUUCUGUCAGGAUCCGCACCCCCGGGUUCGUUACGCCGCCUGUAAUGCUAUUGGCCAGAUGGCCACAGACUUUGCCCCCACCUUCCAGAAAAAAUUCCACGACAAGGUGAUCUCGGCGCUCUUGCAGACCAUGGAAGAUCAGUCAAACCCUCGUGUCCAGGCCCACGCGGCAGCCGCCCUCAUUAACUUCACUGAGGACUGUCCCAAAACCCUGCUCAUCCCCUAUUUGGACAGCCUCGUCCAGCACCUGCAUGUCAUUAUGGUCGCCAAACUCCAGGAGCUGAUCCAGAAAGGCACCAAACUGGUGCUGGAGCAGGUUGUAACCUCCAUCGCCUCAGUGGCUGAUACUGCAGAGGAGAAGUUUGUGCCCUAUUAUGAUCUGUUCAUGCCCUCCCUCAAGCACAUCGUAGAGAACUCUGUUCAGAAGGAGCUUCGCCUGCUCAGAGGAAAGACCAUUGAGUGCAUCAGCCUGAUCGGCCUGGCUGUGGGCAAAGAGAAGUUCAUUCCGGAUGCUUCAGCUGUGAUGCAGCUCCUUCUGAAGACACAGACUGAUUUCAAUGACCUGGAGGACGAUGAUCCACAGAUCUCCUACAUGAUCUCGGCCUGGGCGCGCAUGUGUAAGAUCCUGGGGAAGGAGUUUCAGCAGUACCUGCCCGUGGUGAUGGGCCCACUGAUGAAGACUGCCUCCAUCAAACCUGAAGUGGCCCUUCUUGAUACUCAGGACAUGGAGAACAUGUCCGAAGAUGACGGUUGGGAGUUUGUGAAUCUUGGAGACCAACAGAGUUUUGGCAUCAAGACCGCAGGACUGGAGGAGAAAGCAACAGCGUGCCAGAUGCUGGUGUGCUAUGCUAAAGAGCUGAAGGAAGGUUUUGUCGAGUACACGGAGCAAGUCGUCAAGCUGAUGGUUCCUCUGCUGAAGUUCUACUUCCAUGAUGGUGUGCGUGUGGCGGCGGCUGAGUCUAUGCCUCUCCUGCUGGAAUGUGCUCGUGUCAGAGGCCCAGAAUAUCUCUCACAGAUGUGGCACUUCAUGUGUGACGCGCUCAUCAAAUCCAUCAGCAAUGAACCCGACUCAGAUGUGCUGUCAGAAAUCAUGCACUCGUUUGCAAAGUGCAUCGAGCUGAUGGGAGACGGAUGCCUGAACAACGAGCACUUUGAGGAACUGGGAGGCAUUUUGAAAGGAAAACUAGAGGAGCACUUUAAAAACCAGGAGGUCAGACAAGCAAAACGACAAGAUGAAGACUAUGACGAGCAGGUUGAGGAGACAUUACAAGACGAGGAUGACAACGACGUCUACAUCCUGACCAAGGUGUCGGACAUCCUGCACUCGAUCUUCAGCAGUUACAGAGAGAAGGUUCUUCCGUGGUUCGAGCAGCUGCUGCAGCUAAUCGUCAAUCUGAUCUGUCCUCACAGACCCUGGGCGGACAGACAGUGGGGUUUGUGCAUAUUCGAUGAUGUAAUCGAACACUGCAGCCCAUCUUCCUUCAAAUACGCAGAGUACUUCCUGCGGCCCACGAUGCAGUCGCUGUGUGACACCAGCCCGGAGGUGCGACAGGCGGCCGCGUAUGGCAUUGGCGUCAUGGCUCAGUUUGGAGGAGAAAACUACAGGCCUGCUUUCACAGAGGCUGUCCCUCUGCUUGUUGGAGUGAUCCAGUCUCCAGACUCCAGAGCUAAAGAAAAUGUCAACGCCACUGAGAACUGCAUCUCUGCUGUGGCCAAAGUCAUGAAGUACCGCCCAGAGUGCGUCAACGUCAAUGAGAUCCUCCCUCAUUGGCUGUCCUGGCUGCCACUCAAUGAGGAUAAAGAGGAAGCUGUCCACACGUUCAGCUAUCUCUGUGACCUCAUUGAAAGUAACAAUCCCAUUGUUCUUGGACCUGACAAUACGAACCUUCCCAAGAUUUUCAUUAUUAUCGCUGACAGUGUUGCGAAUGAAUCGAUUAAAGGCAAAGAUGGCUGCAGCAAACGACUGGCCAACGUUAUUCGUCAAGUACAAGUUUCUGGAGGACUCUGGGCGCAGUGUGUUUCAGUGCUCAACGAGACUCAGCAGAAGGCCAUCCAGGACCUCCUGAACACGGCUUGAGUGAACGAGCGAAGCCUUAACCCUAUAAAACAGCC